AUGAAGAACCCCAUAUUGAAGGGUGGGGAUGGGGUGCCUUCGUCUAUAGAGAAUGAUGAUCAAAACAUGAUGUUGAAGAAAGUGGUCCCAACACUAGCAGAGUCUGCAACUGACUAUAGAAGUGUUGUUGAUGUAGAGAACGUAGAGAAAGUGACCAGUGAGUGUAGUGGUGGAAAGCACUCUAUCUUUAAAGUCGGAUUUCCUGCACUUGUUUAUAGAGUUUGUGGAUGGACAAGAAGCUUUCAGUUAAUGGUUGAACUUCAAAAGAAGAUCUUGACCUUUAGAGAUAUUAUUGAUCUUCCUCUUUGCAAUGAAUACAAUCAGAUCAAUGAGUUGAUGAUGGGAAUUUUAUAUGACCUCCACAAGCUUUAUCCUAAAGUCGUACCCAAUACUCCAAUGGGAAAACCUUAUGAAAUGUCUAUAAAUCAGAGUUUGGUGUUCCUCUAUAAUGCUCUUAAAUCUAUUGGUGAUUCAUGGGCUAAGAAGCAUGAGUGGUUGACCAAACUCAAAUGUCAGAAAGACAAUGACAUAAACAUCAACUCAGAUAAAUUAGAAAUGAGUACCCCUCCAAUGCAUGUGAUUCAAACGAGCAAGAAAUCUAAUAAACUAGAGUUGAAGAGUUGCGAAUCAAAGACAAAUUCUGAAGCAUUACCAAUACCAAGAGUCAAUAAGGAAACUGGAGAUGGUAAACACACAAAUGAAAUGUCAAAGGUCUUAAUUCCUUAUUCAAGUCAAACAACAAGCAACAAAAGUGAUGCACCUUAUGAAAUGAGUGCUCCUCCCAUGUAUGUACCACCACUCCAACCUACUUUGAAACCUAAUGUAUUAACACAACCAUCAACACUGCCCACACCUUUUGAAAAUGUAUUACCACAACCACCACUAGCAUUAACAUCAACAGCCCUAAACCUAGCCCAGUUUGCACCACCCAUAACUCCUUUAGAUAUAAAAGUAACUCCACCACAACCACCACCAAUCCCUCCAUCAAAAGAAUCAAUGUUGAUGCCACAAUCAUCAUCCAUGUCUCUAAUAGUGGGAGUAACUCCCCCACCACCUCCUCCACUUAAUAUAACAAAAUCUCUACAACUUAAGAAAGCAAAUACCAAGUUAAAGAGGUCAAUGCACAUGGGGAAUUUGUAUCGACUACUCAAAGGAAAGAUGGAAGGAUCUUAUUUGGGUGGAAAGCCAUCUCAAGGGAGAAAGAAUCAGAUUGAGGGUUCUAUAGGUGGUAAACAGGGAAUGGCUGAUGCAAUAGCAGAGAUGACGAGAAGGUAUGAAAUCAUAAAUUAUCUUAGGUCAACAUACUUCCAACAAAUUGAAGAUGUACAGAAGUAUGCAACAUCAAUCAUUGAAAUGAAAUCUGCAAUCACUUCAUUCCAAACAAAGAAUAUGGUUGAGCUGCUUAAAUUCCACCAAUACGUGGAGCUUCAUCUUGAUGACCUAACUGAUGAAACUCAGGUAUUAUCAAGAUUUAAAGAUUUCCCUAUAAAGAAAUUGGAGACGCUAAGGAUAGCAGCAACACUAUAUUCAAGGUUGAAUGCAAUUGUUGUGAAUCUAGAAAACUGGAAGGUAGUGGCUCCUUUGAGUCAAUAUCUUGACAAGGUUGAGUGUUACUUCAACAAGGUAAAUUCUCAUAUUAAGGGAGAGGUGGAUGCAUUGGAAAGAGAGAAAGAUGAAGAAUCUAAGCGAUUUCAAGAUCACAAUAUCCACUUUGACUUCAAUAUUAUAGUCCGAAUCAAGGAACUGAUGGUGGAUGUUUCUUCUAGCUGCAUGGAGUUUGCACUUCAAGAGAGAAGAGAAGCAAACACAACAACUAAUAGAGAGACCAUAUCAAAGAAUGGCAACCAAUCUAGUGCAUCUAUUAAUAUGCUUUGGAGAGUUUUUCAGUUGGCUUUUCGGGUGUAUACCUUUGCAGGUGGACAAGACAAUCAUGCUGACAGGUUGAGCAAAGAGCUGGCUCAUGAAAUACAGGCUAUUCUCAACACUAGUAAUAUAUACCCUUCAAGAACUUCAUUACCAAAUGAACAUAUAUCUCAUACUUAAGCAAUAUAAAUUUAAUAGAUUAGAACCACUUCAUCACACCAAUGCAAGUACUGGCAUAUGGAUUGUGUGCUUAGAAUUAGAUUUUGUAAAGUUAAUGGUUUAAUACAAGGAUAUUUAGAGAAAGGUAAAGGCCAAGUAAGGACCAACAUGCAACUAAAAAUAUGAGCUUAUGAUCUUAGUAAACCAAAGGUAUCAUGGUUUCAUUUAUAAUAAUUACUCAAAGGGGUCACUGGAGCACAGAAAAGCUUAUCCAUUCUCCUACUUUCCGAUCUUCUUUUUCAAUUAUUUGAUUGUUGUCCCCUACAUAUUCUCUCAUACUAUUAUAAACACAUUUGGUGUUGCUUACAACUUGUUAGAAAGUUCUACUUCCACUAACUUUAAUCCUUGUCCACAAGUUAGAGGUACUAUAUUGAAAACCUCAAUGGGUGCUUUAAGAUAUAGGUAAAAUCUACAAUGUAGAAAUUGCAGCAUGAAGCGAAAAGGUGAACCAAUUAUAAAGUGAAAUGUCAUAGUUGGGAUCUUUAGUGUUUUUAAAAUUUUUAAUGUGAUUGAUAAGUACACCUCCGGAUCUUCUAUCCACUACUUGUUCCCACAUCUAUACCCACCGAACACCGCUAUCGUGUAAUGGGAACAUCUCCCUAUGAAUGAAAAGGGAGAUAUUCCAAAUGUGCAAUUGUUAUGUCCCAUGGGUGGAGAUGUGGGAACAAGUAGUGACAGCAGAUCCGAGCCCGAUAGGUACACCUUAUAAAACAUGAACAAAUUAAAAGAUAUUUUGAGAUAUAAUGUUGUUAAUGUGGUUGGUUAAUAUUGAGUUUUAACGUGUUGCCAAUAUUCGUUUUUGCACCAUAGCGAGACAAAUCUAAGAUAUUCAUAUAGAAAAUCAAGUUCUCAAUUUCAUUAUGGAGAGUAAAAAUAAGCGACCAACCAAUUUCUUUUUGCUUGUAAAGGAUAGGGAAUUUUAUUAUUUCCAAAGAAAAAUUAAAGCCCAUAUCUUGGUUUUCAAAAUACAUUGGAUGCUAUGCUUGUUGAUGAUACCCAAAAAUCCACAACCCAAUUUGACAUUUAAUCUGAUUAUCUUAGAUUUGGAUGAUGUGUUUAUGGA